AUGACGGCAGUGUGGGCGCGAACGGCCCUCAAGAGGACACAGAAUUCUUCCACAACCCCUUCUCCCUUCUUCAUCUGGCUUCUCAGGGAUGUUACUCAGUCCAUUCCAACAGACUGCAGAGACAUUAAGGAGUAUUUCCUAACAAGGGUAAGGCAACUCAUUUUGAAAUGUUGGACAGAAAUGACAAAAGAAUUAAUCAAACGCUUCCCUGAAUUAUCGUCUUCAAACUGAAAACAUUGCAAACCUCUUUGUCACAGCCGCAGAAAUAUUGAUUAUAUCAUUGUUUUCUCGGAAUAGACUCUUAGAGUUUGUUAUAUGAACAAAAUACCCGAAUGUUCGAGAACAUGGUUUUGUUUCUUGGUUGUUAGGUUUAUUGUUUAACCUUUUGGAGAUGUACUGGUUUUGGAAAUGGAAGGAACUUGUUUUUUAUUUUAUAACUAUGCAUAUAUCUCUCUGCAAGACGUCUAAAUUCAGACGUUCUCUUAACUCUACCAAAAACAAAGACAAAAGCUUUCUUUAUUUUUUGCAUACAGUAAUUGGAUAAGUCUGCUCUGUUAAUUUGUAUAUUGAAUUUGCUUAAAACGCAGUCGUGUUCUAUAAACAAAGAGGGACUGAUUGACUGGUUUACCUUGAUUACAGUGAUCACUGAUCGCAUCGUAAUGUGCCCCUUAUCCUCGGCGAUGGGGAUCUAAAUCUUGUAUUGGCUUUUUAUGUAAACGUCUAUAUGAAAGGGAUGACAGAGGAUCUUAGAUCUGUCACAAUAAAGCUCACCUGAUGACCCCUAAAAGACUCUGUAAUGGUCUUAGUCAAUUAGCAAUUAAUUGGCAGUCAAUUUUCCAUAGUACCCCCUUCAUACUCUGUUGGCAACGACUGAUCCCCACUCCGUUCCCCACUGAAAACCAUCUUCCUUCCAGAAUCCUUCCCUUCCACCCUAGAAGAAAACGACUGGUUCCUUAUUACAACUGCUUUUUAAACCAACUAGGUUUUCUAAGGACCAAGGAAUGGGACAGGCAGACCACACCCAACAAGUCGCUGAAAGCAUUUUGCGUUUCUUCCCUGGCUUCGAAGCCUUCAAACUGCCACCACCAUCUGUAAGUGAAGAGGUUAUGAAAAACAUCAACAGAAACAAAAGUCAGAUCAACAGUGAGUUCUUCUCUGGGAUAGAAAAGUUCAAGGUCUUGUUGAAAAGAACUCUUACUCCUAAGCACAGCUUCUACGACGGAGAACUUGUGACUGGUGAAGGUAAAGGCUACUAUUGCAUCUUCGUUUGGCUUUCAUCUCCCGUGAGAGCAACUCGUAACUUCUCUCAGAUUUCUAUGUAUUUUUCAGACGAAAAUUAAUGGUUUUGAAGACAAAUUUCGAAGUAUUAGCUUAAUCUCUAGAAUCUUAAGUCGCCGCCUACUUCUUGAAUUAUGGGAGUCACAAUCUUAUGCCAUGUUUUUCAAUUUUAGAUUAUUUUUUACACCGUUUGUCUACUGUAUACUUUUCUUAUUAAGUAUAUCCUUAAACUUAAAGACAAUUUCAUCCCUCAAUGACCCACUCUGUUUCCAGGUUUGGCCGCCUUGGUUGAGCUUUACGUGCAGGCCAUCAACACUCCUGGAGCGAUUCCUAAUGUCCAGUCAGCUUGGGACACAUUUGUAACAGAUAAAUGUUCUGAAGCAACGCACGAAGCCAUGAAUGUCUACAGCGCUGUCGUGGUUUCAAAACUGUCCAAUCAGCUGCCUUGUGACUCCGAAGAAAUUCGUAAAUGUCAUGAAACGGCAUUUGACCAAGCAAUUGAUGAGUUUCAAGCUGAAACAAUCGGAAUAUCCUCCAUUACAACCGAGAGGUACCUGAACGAACUGGCGGUAAGGGGUUUUUACACAUUGCUUAAACAUUCCUCAUUCAGUACUUUGGGAUAAAUUGAUGCCGACGAACUUUUGCAAACUUCGUCCAUUGUUUUCCCAACAUUUUUGUGGGGAUGAAUAAAAUUUUCGAUAUGUGACAGAAUUCUAACAGGACAAAAUCUUUAUGAUUUAACUUAAGGUUUCGGAUCUUGGUGAAAUAUCUAAAAGCAGCAGAGUACCUGGUCCGAAAUCGAGUGCGGUGAAAAGAAUAGGUUGUGCAGAAGCAUUUCCUAAGCAAUGAAAUAUCCUUAGUUCUUUUUCGACGAGGCUCAAAACUUUCCUCAAGCUUUGCCAACGCUUGUCGUUACACAUUUUCUGAUGACUGUUUUUUGUGCACGUUUCCGCGCCAGGUGGAGGCUACUGCUUGUUCAUUUCAUAGUAGCAUCGACCUAACUCCAAUUAAUAAGUGAUAAAUAUUUAGUAACUGUCUGGAUAUACAACCAUGAAUACCACGAAAUAAUAGUUACAGUGCUUCCCAGCAUUCAUUGUUGGACUUACUGGGGAGAAAUGUUCUUAAAUUUCAAUUUCUUUUUGUACAAGUUACUUACAGAAACAACCAAUAAAUGUCCAGUUGCUGUUUGGGAACUAACAACAGCACGGAAAGAUGAACACUGGUAUUCACUGUGAAUAUAAAAGGUCUAUUUCUUUUUUUUAUUAUUUCUCAGUCGUUUGCAGACCGAGAGUAUGCCACGUGGCAGACUGAGAAUGAUCGGUUUACGCGAGAGGCUUGUGACGCUCUCCUGAAGCAACUUAAAAAACAACACUUGGACCCAAUCCUCGACCAACUCCACGGAAAGGAAGGCGCCAAAGUCAUGUUCGAUGACAUUGUAGCAGGUUACAAAAAGAUUGAGCAGGACUACAAAGCUCGUGCCACCGGAGCUAAACGAGUUUGUGCUGCUGUGUUUUUCGAGUUUCAUCCGGUAAAUAGAGUUUUACUUGGAAUUAAAAAUUCAGACCAAAAAUGAGACAAAUUAAUGAGUUAAAAGGUUUCUAAUCUGUGUCUUUCUUUUUUUUCCAUGACAUUAACAGUUUCACAGACAAAAAAAAUACAACCGAAUUCAGUUCCUUUAAUACAAGUACAUUGCGAUUCUUGGUCUUAGAAACUAUUAUGUAGUUACAAGAUGAUAUAACUUUAUAAUCUCUUGGUAGUUACCACAAAUAAAACCAACAGACAAAGCAACGAUGUAAGCGAAAGUUCUACUUUUAUCACAGGAACUUAUGAGAGAAAUGCAACAAUACUUGGGCGUACUGAAACAAUUAAAGGACUUUGACGAGAACUUGAGUCGAGAAAUUGCCGCCAAAGCCUAUCAAGAGCAAGAGAAGAUAAAACUUGAGGUACUCAUGAUGCAAUUUUAAUCGAUUCGUUUAUCAUAUUACUUUUUAACGGAAAAAAAAAUUGAGAAUGAUAAAUGCCGGGAACGGAGAAAGGGAAAUGAAGAAUAGGGAAAAGGGAAAUGGGAAAAGGGAAGGAGAAAGGAAAAUUGGGAUUGGAAAAUGGAAUGGGAAUUUUUUUGUUUUCAUUCUGCGGCUAACUAAAAGGAACGAAAAAUAACAUCCUUUCCUCAACAAACUUAAUCAACUGAUUAUUAAGAGAACAAAAGCUGAUUGAAGUUCAUGCUUUCUUUUUCUGUUCUUUGUCAAAAACAUUGCUGGAUUAAUUUAGUUUCAAUGGCGAGGAUAUAGAAUUUCAUCAUCUGCUAGACAAAGCCUAUACUGAUGUGACUUUUCGUUCUCAUUUAAGGAGGAAUACGAACGUUUACAACAAGAAAAUCGUCAGCGCCAUAAGGAAGUAAGACAUUUUGAGUCAAAGUCAGUAUCUGAGAAACUGCGCACCUAUCCCUCCCCUAACUCAACAACAAUCAAAUGAUAACAAGUUAGGGUUAACGUUGGGUCAGGGGAGGGGUAGGUGUGCAGUUUCUCAGAUACUGACUUUGAUCCGACAUUUUCACAACCACUAAAGAAUUCACUCCACGCUUCAAAAGAUAUUUUCCAUCGUCAAAUCUAUCUUUUGACGAUUUCCACUUGUAUAAAGGAACAAAGCGGACAAUUGACUGCUUUUUGAGAGUUUUGCCUACUCAGACGGAAGCGCUAAACAUGCACGUCUUUGAUUCCAGAAAGCACAGACACACGAAUUUUAUGGCGAUGAAAUAUAGUGAAAUCCAAUUAAAGACGUAGAAAAGUAAGCCUUUUUAAAAGGCGUGAGUACACUCAUUCCUGGGAACUAGGUUUUUUGAGUAACAUCCGAUUUCGUACCAUGGCGGGUGAAAUAAAAACAAACAAAAGGCUGACAUCUUGUCUAAACGAGUCCUGGUGCAGGGGCCGCCCUCUCUGCCUGCUUAUUUUCUCUUGGUUCCAUUCCAAUGUAAUUUUGUGAUGUGUCAAAUUAGAUUCAUUAUUCUUUAAUUUUUUUGUUAUAAGAAUAUUGCCUCGUAAUAACAUUCACCUUCAAAUUCCUUAAAAUAUAUCUUUAGUUUGAAUCACGCUAGCAAGAACAUAUCCCAUUGGGUGUUUUCUGUGAAAGAUUUUUCAGUAUUUUUCCCAGAAAUUCAUUCUGAGUGACUGAGAAAUUUGAUGAUUUUAGCCCAGGGGUGAAGAAGAUUAGAUGCCAUAAUAUUUUUCAUCAUGACUCUCCUAUAGCUGUCUUACCUGAACUUUUUCCUGUUUGGUAAUUAGAUGGAAAUGCUGCAGGCAAAACAGGAGCAAGAAAAAAAGAGACUCCGUGAAAAGAUGGAAGCUGAAGCAGCGGCCCAACGACGACAAAUCGAGAACAUGGUAAAGGCGAGAAUGAUGGAAGCUGAAAAACACAGACGAAAUUUCAUGCAAGAAAAGCAGGUACUCAGCCAACGACUUGCACAAAUGCAAAAAUCAAAUGAAAGCAUGGAGAAGACAGUGGAGAGCUUGAGACAACAGCUGCUACUCAAUCAGAGCCGACAACGGCAAGUUAAAAAACCGGGAUUCUUUGAUAGAGCACUGCAAAUGAUACCAGUCAUGGGUGAGGUCGCUAGCACCUUAUCAAAGUGUAGCGUUAUGUAA